UAUCAGGUAACCCUGGUUGUACUUAGGGGAUGUUUACUAAAAAUAAAACCUCCCCCUAAAGCCCAAGACAACCUCAUAUUCUCCAGACCUACAUCACCGUUGAGAAUAAUUGCCCUGUUGGAUGGACUACAAGUGACAUGCUCACAUUGAUCCUGAGAGAGACGAGAUCACAGCUGAGAGGGUCAACAUGGCCACUCCGGACAAUCUGGUGCUCUUGGAGACAGAUGCUGGCGAUGCAUCAACCCGGGAUGACCAACACGACAAUAAACCAGCACCUGAUCAUCUCCAUCAUCUAACAUCAGAAUGUGCAGGAUCAAACCCAGUUCAAUGCCAAGAAGGCAUCGUGGAGAUCCGUGGUCCUAACAUUCAAGAGGACAGAGGCACUGAGAGUGCAUCAGAUUUAAUACACCUCUCUGUUCACAAUGCACGGUUAGAAGUCACUAGAAUUAAUCCAGAUAAUGAUGACAUCAGUCAUGAUCUACUACAUCAAACAUCUCAAAGUUUUAGAGAUGCAAACACAUUUUUUCACUCUCAUUUGCCAGCAUUAUCAGAACAGCACAAGUUUGCAGAACAUGACGUCACUUUAAACAUAUCUGCGAGUCAUGAGAUGACGAAUGAUAUAAAAACUCCUGCUUUGGACAUAAUGAAUACACCAGUAAACACAACAGUCUUAACACAUGCCUCCUCAGUAUUAGAUCCUUUGGAGAUGCUAAACAAUGUGUCGGAAACAGCUGAUGGACCGGAUAAUAACAACAGCGCCAUUCUGACUCUAAAUAAAACCUCAGAAGAUAAACUUGUUUACCCAACUGUUGAGUCUCACACCAUUUUUGCCCUGAAUGUAAAACCUGGCGAAUGCAGUAAUGAUCUACCGGUAGAUGAAUCGAACACCGUUGCUUUGAUGAGGGAGAUGCAUUGGAUUGCUCCAAAAGAUGAAAGCGAUCCAUCCCAAAUGAAUCUUUUCCAAUCACCUGACACAGAUUUAGGGAAUUGUACCGAGGGUGUCAGCUUAAAGUUCACAGGGACAAAACGUGACGGCGAGGUGUGCAAUGAGACGUGGCUGGAUGCUUGCCAGUUCCUGGCAGGUGAAAAGGACGGUGGUGCUAUUUUUGACGAGUGCCGUCGUUCUCUCUCUUCCAGCCCCCCCGAGGCCGAACCAGACUACACAAAAGCCUCGUGUGUCCCCAACAGGGACAACAUUUCAAUUGACCAGCAAGCUGAGAACUGGGAUCUGUUUCCAUCUGUCGAGAGAUGGUCAUCUACGGACAGCUGGGCUAGUGCACUUUCAGAUUGGUUUCAGACAGUUAGCACCUAUACAGAAGAUUCUUUCACUGGCACCAACACUUUGGUCGGGAUGGCGAUCCAAGACACCGCUGUGGAGCAGAGGACAAGCCCAGAUAUUGCAAACCUUGGUGGACAGACAUGUAUGUCUCUGAAACCAGUAAAUGAUGAAGCCCUGGAUAAAGAAGUGGUAAAAAAGGGAGACGAUGAUUCUUUACUUUCUCGAUCAAAUUCAGACAGACAGACAAAUGUGAUUGUUGAGGACGAAGUUAAUUUGUCAGAGCCUCUUAUAUCUCACGUUCCAGAGAUGAAAGCCGUACUGGAUGCUUUAAAUGUAGAAAUGACCUCCAGGUCUCCUGAAAAUGAGUUUGAUGUUAAACAAUGUGGAAGUCAGCACAUCUCUGGAGAGCUUUGGAGUGCAAAGUCGGAGGGAGAUGCACUGGUUGGGUUGGACUUUGAAAGCGGUUCUGGUGCGCAGAGGAUCUCAGCUAACACCAGCGACAAGAAUCUUACGGCUGGGUGUGUGAGUGGCGAGGCACGUCACAGAUCCGACGCUGAUCUUCACACAUGUUCCUCUCAUUCCAAUGAUCAUGUGUCUUUCUUGAAACACACACAAGGUGUGGGGACAGAUGAGAAGUCUAUAUCAUGUUCCUUCAUUGAGGGUUCAAACAUUGUGGACUUUAUCGUGAAGCCAGAAGAGAGAAGAGAUACAGUUACAGAGUUUAUUAUGCCGUUUGACCCACUUGGUACUGGAAAUAAUUUUCUCCAUCACGGUGUAUUUAAAGAAGACAUUGCACACGUUGGUGUAGAUGUUCCUCUCCAAGAGAUUAUUAAUGAUGAGAUCUGCCUUAAGCCAUCUAUAAAGAACAGUCGUAACUCAAAUGAUAGUGAUGACUCUUCUAAAGGCCGCUUCCCAGACCCGUCUUUAUCUUCAUCUUGUGAAGAUUCAGAUGGGAUAAAGGACUUUAAGGGAAACCAAUGUGACAUCAUCACUAAAGAGCUUUCAAACUUAAUUUUACUCACGGGAGAGCAUUUUAUGGUGUCUAAGACAAACCACAUUGCAUAUGUUAGUCUAGACUUGCAUGAACCCGGAGAUUUCAAUCGUGUGUUUUUUUCGAACCAUGUGAAUUCUCAAAGGCAGAACUGCAGUUGUGCGCCUCAUGUGAAAAAAGACAAAAUGCCUCACAAAACUUCAUCGGACGGCAAAGGUCGCUCAAAGCAUAAGGAGAAAUCGGACGACCAGCAGCAUGGGAUUCAUACAUCAAAACAUCAAGAGAAACCACCAUCACAAGAGAAAAGUCAUAUCAGCUCUGAAGAAGCAAGUUGUGGGGGUCGGGAAGUUACUGAAGUUGUUGUCAGAGCGGAGAAAAUAACUCCUAAAACCCAGGGGAAGAAGAAGAAGAAGCACGCACACAAUGGGACAGCAAAACAUGAGACUGAUCCACCAGCUGAAGUAAGAAACAGAACUGUUCAGAAGAAUGCUAAUAGCAAAGUUGAAAACAUUGAAGCGAAAGUGGCAUCAAAUGGUCUAGCAUCUCAUAUUUCCACCAAGGUGGACACUGCCAACAAAAACAGCACACAGAAACCAAUGUCAGUGAGACCCAAAGUAGGGGCAAACUGUAGCAUUGUAGCCAAGAUGGACACAAGUCAGAAAACUAUCCCUGUGAAAUCGAAAGCAGAACCAAGUGGAAAUAAUGUGGCCAAGAUGGACACGUCCAACACGGACAUAAGUCAGAAAACCAUCCUUGUAAAACAUAUCGAAGAUAAAAGUCAAAAUAAUGUGGCCAAGAUGGACACGUCCAACGUGGACACAAGUCAGAAAACCAUCCUUGUAAAACAUAUCGAAGAUAAAUGUCGAAAUAAUGUGGCCAAGAUGGGAACAUCCAACACGGACAAAAGUCAAAAAACUAUCCCUGUUAAAUCAAAAUCAGAACCAAGUGGAAAUAAUGUGGCGAAGAUGGACACGUCCAACACGGACAUAAGUCAGAAAACCAUCCUUGUAAAACCUAUAGAAGAUAAAAGUCUAAAUAAUGUGGACAAGAUGGACACGUCCAAUACCGGUGUAAGUCAGAAAACCAUCCUUGUAAAACAUAUCGAAGAUAAAAGUCGAAAUAAUGUGGCCAAGAUGGGGACGUCCAACACAGACACAAGUCAGGAAACUAUCCCUGUUAAACCGAAGGCAGAACCAAGUGAAAAUAAUGUGGCCAAGAUGGGCACGUCCAACACGGACACAAGUCCAAAAACUAUUCCUGUUAAACCGAAAGCAGAACCAAGUGAAAAUAAUGUGGCAAAGAUGGACACGGACAUGAGUCAGAAAUCCAUUCUUGUAAAACAUAUAGAAGAUAAAAGUCGAAAUAAUGUGGCCAAAAUGGGAACGUCCAACACAGAUACAAGUCAGAAAACUAUCCCUGUUAAAUCGAAAGCAGAACCAAGUGGAAAUAAUGUGGCAAAGAUGAAGACGUCCAACACGGACAUGAGUCAGAAGUCCAUUCUUGUAAAACCUAUAGAAGAUGAUAAAAGUCGAAAUAAUGUGGCCAAGAUGGACACGUCCAAAAUGGACACCAGUCAGAAAACUAUCCCUUUUAAACCUAAAGCAGAACCAAGUGGAAAUAAUGUGGCCAAGAUGGACACGUCCAACACAGACACAAGUCCAAAAACUAUCCCUGUUAAGCCUAUUGAAGAUAAAAGUCAAAAUAAUUUUGCCAAAGUGGUACAACCCAACAAAGACACCAGUCAGAAAACCAUCCCUAUAAAAUCUAUAGUGGACCUAAGUGCAACUAAUGUAGCCAAGAUGGACCCCAUUCAGAAAGCCAUCCCUGUUAAAUCUAUAAGAGAUAAAAGUGGAAAUAGUGUGGCCAAGAAGGGCACGUCCAAUAUGGACACCAAUCAGAAAACCAUCCCUGUUAAAUCUAAAGCAGACACGAGUGGAAAUAAUGUGGCUAAGAUGGAAAACAAGACAUGUAGUUCAGAACCACAGAGCAUAUGUUUAUCUGGCACAAUAAAUGAUGACAUCAAGCGCAGGCGAAUCGAAAACGACCAGUCAGGAACAGUUCUGAUAAAGAUGAGACCUCAGCUGCCCGCAAUCUUUCGCCAAGCAAGAAAAGAUGAAGAUGUUACCCGAAGAGCAUACAGUGAAGUUGCCAAGCAGAAGACUUCAACACCAAAAGAAGUUGUGGUUCCUCAUGUACAAUCGGAGAUCCAGGUUGAUCCCGUCCCUGCUGAACCUCAAAACAUCUCCCUGUGGUGCCGGUUCAACCAAGUUCCACCUGAUGCUACUAUUAAGUGGACUAAGGAAGGAACAGUACUGACGGAGAACAAGAAAGGUGAAGGGGACGAUGAGCGAUUCACAUUGACCAUUCUGAAGGCCUGCAGUAAAGACCUUGGACUGUACAAAUGUACCCUGAGCACUUCCAACGUCUCUGUGUCUACAUCAGAGUAUCACCUCACGUCUGAGGUUCUUAUGGAACUUGUCAUCCCAAGUCACGAUCAACCAGCCGAGCCCAGGAUUGUGCAAGGAGAUGAAGAAAACAUCCAGUGUAGCCCGCUUCUCUUUAAAGAAGAUUUCCUUUCGGAUCAGUACUUCGGGGAAAAUCAACCUGCGAGCAUUGUAACAGAAAAGAUCCAUUUCGGUGAAGGAAUGCACCGGAAAGCCUUCAGAACAACUCUGAGAGCAAGCAAGCUGCCACGCUUCAACCCCGGCCAUCCCUGCGUCCUGAAAGUCCACAAUUCCAUUGGCUACGGGACCAAAAGCAAUGACGAGCUUGUACAGAGGAACUACAGCCUAGCUGUGGAGGAAUGUCAUGUGCAGAAUACUGCCAGGGAAUAUAUAAAAGCGUAUCAUAGUGUGGCAAAGUCUGCAGAAUCAUUCGGAGAGGUGCCAGAGAUCAUCCCUAUUUAUCUGGUCCACCGGCCAUCCAAUGAGAUCCCUUACGCCACCCUGGAAGAGGAGCUGCUGGGAGAUUUUGUGAAGUAUUCAGUGAAGGAUGGGAAAGAGAUCAACCUGAUCCGCAAGGACUCGGAGGCGGGACAGAAAUGCUGUGCGUUUCAGCAUUGGGUUUACACUCAGACCGAAGGAAACUUGCUCGUCACGGACAUGCAGGGUGUUGGUAUGAAGCUGACAGAUGUUGGCAUUGCCACCUGUAAGAAAGGCUAUAAAGGAUUCCGAGGGAAUUGUGCCACAUCCUUCAUUGACCAGUUUAAAGCAUUGCACCAGUGUAACAGAUACUGUGAAUUAUUAGGCUUGAAGUCGCUACAGCCCAAGCCGAAGCAGACUGUUCAACCUAAACCAAAAGCACAACCUGGACCCAAGAAAAAUCCAUUUGGCUCCGUGCUGAAAGGCAAAUCCUGAUCAGACAGCAACCCUGAACUUUUGCUUUCUGGGUAAAUUGAGUUUAAAGACAUGCAUUAGGACUUUGCUCAGGGACGAAUAUGUUUCUGAAAUUUCACUUUAAACCCAAGAUGCUGAAUGAGAUGAUAUUCAUCUGUAAGGAAAUCAGAGAAGUAGAUGUUUUGUUGAAAAUGUUAUUCUAUUCUGAAAGAGAUCUUUGCUUAUUUUUAUAAUUUAUUUUCUUUCUUUCUUUCUAUAACAAAAAUGAUUUUGUUAUAACUAGCCUUAAAACAGAUUUUGUAAUUGAUUUAAGAAUAGAGUGUGUUAUUUUAAUUUUUCAAUCAAUCAUUUGCAAUGGUAAAAUAUAAUUUUUUAUGGUGUCAUCUUUUGACAGAUUUUUGAUGUUAUUUAAAUAUCUUUAUAGCUGCCUGCUGGUUUUGUAAGAUAAAGAUUAUAGUUUAUAUACUGUAAUAGCAAAGAACAGGAAAUUCUUGUUAAUGAUGGCCCAUUGUUAUGUGCAAUGAAAGUACUUAAAGCGGUGGUAUCCUGGACAGGGUUUACAUUAAGCCAGGACUAGGCCUUACACUGCAAAAAAAUGAUUUUCAAGAAAAAAAUUCUUAGUAUUGUUUUCAGUAAAAAUAUCUAAAAAUUCUCAAAUUAAGAUGCUUUUCGUUGAUGAGCAAAAUGACCCAAGAAUUUAAGUGAUUGUGUGCAUAAAACAAUCAAAAAAAAAUCUGCCAAUGGGGUAAGCAAAAAAUCUUGAAUUUUUAUUAAACACUAAAUUCAAGAAAAAAUUCAAGAAAAAUUUGCUUACCCCAUUGGCAGAUUAUUAUUAUUAUUAUUUUGCUUCUUUUAUGCACAAAAUCACUUAAAUUUGAUAUUUUUGGUUUUAAAACUAGACUUGUUUUCAGUAAAAAUAUCUAAAAAUUCUCAAAUUAAGAUGCGUUUUCUUGAUGAGCAAAACGACCCAAGAAAAUAGGUCUAGUUUUUAGACCAAAAAUAUCAAAUUUAAGUGAUUUUGUGCAUAAAACAAGCAAAAAAAAAACAAAAAAAUCUGCCAAUGGGGUAAGCAAAAAAAUCUUAAACAACAAACUCAAGAAAAAUUCAAGAAAAAUAUGCUUACCCCAUUGGCAGAUUUAUUUAUUUAUUGCUUCUUUUAUGCACAAAACCACUUAAAUUUGAUAUUUUUGGUAUAAAAACUAGACUUACUUUCUUGGGUCGUUUUGCUCAUCAAGAGAAAUCAUCUUAAUUUAAGAAUUUUUAGAUAUUUUUACUAAAAACCUUACAAAAAUACUAAGAAUUUUUUCUUGAAAAUCUUUUUUUGCAGUUAGUUAUUUUAGGACAUUUAACCUGUUUUUACAAACAAAAACCAUUUUCUGAUGACAACAAAAAAAGAUAAUUUGAUAAUGAAAACCACACAACUAAUUGUAACCAUAGUCCCUUUCACACAUACAGUAUUUAUUGGUAAUUUACUGGUAAAUUGCAGUUAACAGGUCAUGUGUGAACAGAACCUUUACGGUAAAUCAGUGCUGCCAAUUUACCAGUAAGAGAGGUUGUAAGAUUACCAGUAAUUUACUGGUUAGCCCUAUGCGUGAACAAAAAAUAUAGAUUACCGGCAUAUAGAACGGACGACGUCAGACCGCACAGACAGCUUCGGGCCAAUCAUAACGUUUUAUACCGAUGACGCGUUUACCCGCGCACUGUUUACGGACGACGUUUCCACACACACGCAGCUUAAAAGGCCCUGUACCAAAUGGCGCACUUCAUGUGGACUUUCGGUCUCGUGGCCUUAAAUUGCGCGUGCUCGCUUAGUCUUCGAGUCCGUAGGGUGUCCCAUCUGUCAUUUUUACGCUUUUAAGUGUACUCAUCAGCGCCUCCUUUGCCCCCUUGAUGCGGUCUUCAGCAAAGCAUAACCCGCCAUUGUUUACAAAUACAACACUGAGCUUGUGCAGACAGCAACGCGCCACAGGUAACUUCCGCUUUCUCUCCGAGUUUACCGGUAUGAUAUUAAUGUGUGAAUGAUGUCUAAUGGUAAAAAGACAUCAUGUGUAUUAUUAAAUUAAUUCUGGUAAAUUCAUGGUAAUUUACCGAAAUUACUGUGUGAAAGAGGAUAUUGACUUCCAUAGUAGGAAAAACAGAUGUGCUUACCAUAAUUUAUCAAAAUAUUUUCUUAAUUGUUUAUCACAAUACUUCCAUAAUAUUUGUUUUCCUACUAUGGAGGUCAGUGUUUACAAUCAGCUUUUUGCUUACCAUCAUUUAUCAAAAUAUCAUCUUUUGUGUUCAUCAAGAUAAAAAAACGUAAAUGAUGACAGAAUUUUCAUUUUUGGAUAGACUAUCCCUUUUAGCCCUGCAUGGGAAACCACCCCCAAGUAUAUUUAAACUUAAUCCUUUUACUACUAAGAAUUUAGGUCAAUGUCAGAAAGUGUCCCAGUUUACCUAAAUUCUAUUUUACUGUUAAAGGUGAAUGACUACUAUGAGUUAGAUUUGAAAUUGCAAUGUGAAUACUCAUUUAAAUAUAUGGUUAUGGACUAAAUUAAAAGUCCUAUGCAUUUUAUAAACUUUGCUUAAAAAUAUAUUCAUUGACCUUGUGCACAGUACUGUCAACCAUAUGAUGUUUUGUUUGUGUAUAUAAAGUCAAGCUAUGCCGUAUGUCUCGCAUGAGAAUGAUGGCGUCUGUAUGAUAUGGUAUUAAAUCUGAUGCGAUGGAACAAUCUGUACACAUGGCCCAGUAAACAGCUGCUGAAUUGCCUCUGCAAGAAUGACAAGCCCUCCACCUUCACCUCAAUAUCAUCAUCCAAAGUCAAAUGACUUACAGUAUUGGCUCAGUACUAUAAAUAAAUGCACACACAUUUUCAAAGCAA